AUGGACCAUACCCUUCCCCACAGACCGCAAUCCCCAACCUCGUCAAACGUGGGAACGUUGGGCUCCCUAGAUCCAAGCUAUCUGGCUGAUUCUUUUCCUUUAUCGGGACUUCCCGGUAACAACAACCGAUUUGAGACCUUUGAUGCAAGCAUUAUUGCCUUGCCAGAAAAUGUGCACACUGAACCUGAUUCCUAUCUUAUCUCUGCCAAUGCAGAGUCAUUCUUCACCGAUGGGACCACCGUAAAUUACACGCCUCCUUGUGCUUUUGAGCCCACUGCAUCUUAUCUUACCAAGGGGACCUCUAUCAGUCAGCCUGUACCGCCAAAUGGCGAGACCAGCUCGCUUACAGGAGCCUACGCCCAUGGUGACAGCUAUCCAGCUACGUUCUCUAAUAUUCCUUCACCAUCCACCACAACUGGAAACGGGAGAGAUCCCCUGCAGACUUCACAGGCGCCGUGCAAUGCAGCUUUUCUGGAAGGACAGCAAAGUCUCCCCCGCCGCAGGAGCAGGUACAUGAUCAACAAGCAUGAAAAACAGGCUGUGCCAGUGUUCAUCCCGACGAGUAUCCGCUCCCCAGAUCCCCUCAGGCGCUGGCAGGAAUCGCCCCCAGAAGACGAACCUGCCCCGUUGUCUGCCAUCAGAGAUGCAGUUCAGCACUCAUGGUCCGAACGGCUAGUAAACGAAGGCUUCACAGCAGAUGAGCAUCAGCAAGGCAUCUCCGAUUCCCGAUUAGUCGACGCUUUUCAAACAUACCGUCAAUCAGGAUCCCGCGCCGCUUCGACGACUAGCGCUGAGAGUGGUGUGAAACAUAAUCAUGGGGCUUGUGACGGUCAACAACGCAAGUUUCGACGCAAGGAUCACCUGGUUCAACAUCUACGUCUUGUUCAUCGCAUUGAUAGUCUUCCGAUAAUCAGCGACUGGAAAGUGGAAGCUACCAACUUUACUUCUCGUUGUGGCUUCUGUGAUCGCCAGAUGAUUACGUGGUCUCAAAGAUGUGACCAUCUAGCAUGGCAUUUUCGCAAUGGCUCUACAAUGGCUGACUGGCAAGGAGAUCAUGGGUUUCCCGACUCGAUUGCAACCCAAGUUACCCAUGCCGUACCACCCUACUUGAUUGACCUCGAGUCACGGACCAUGGUGCCUUUCUCCGCUACUAAUGACCAGGUUAAGGAUCAUUUCUCUCAGAUGUUGUCAAGGGCUGCUUUUCAGAGUGAUACCAAUGCUGGUGGCGAUUACCAAGAGAGGUUGGAGUUACCUGAUUUAUUAGGUCAACUCCAAGUGCAGGACACCGGUCUGAAUUCGUACACGCAGGUCCUGACUCGUCACUUGAGCCACUAUGCAGAGGAGCAGACACGCCUCGGCAUUGUUCCUACUGAUGAAAUGUUCCAACAGGAAGCACGUCGUCUUCUGUUUGACUCUGAGGAUCCCUGGAAUCAGACCAUUGCGGAUCACCCACAAUGGCUGGCCGCUUUUCGAGAAACACAGAGCUCAUCCAUGACCUGA